AUGUAACAUGGACAAAAUAUACCAAAUAAUUGAGAAGAACAAUAUUGUAAAACUUCAAGCCAUUUUAGAAGAAGAAAGAGGGACAGACAAUGUAAGUGAUGGAUGGACUCCUUUGACCUAUGCCUGUGAGAGAGGAAGAGAAGAGAUUGUUGACAUAUUAAUCGAGGACAUUAAACAAAAUGAACAAACUGAGAAAACAAGAAAGAUCAAGUUGAAAAAUCACAUUCACACGUGCACAAGUCUAGAUGACCACAAUCUGAAUGGAGAGACACCCCUGACAUGUGCAGCAAGAGCAGGCCAUGUCAAGAUAUGUGAGCUGUUAUUGGAUGAAGGAGCCUUCAUCAAUCAGACCACACAAUAUGUUAACCAGACUCCGCUACAUGUUGCCAUAGAGCACGGGAACACAGAUGUAGUGGAGUAUCUCAUCGGCCAGGGAGCUGACGUUCAGAUUGCAGACAAUGUAAACAUUUCACCCCUGUACACUGCCAUAAAGGGAGGUAACUCAUACAUAGUGCAUUUGCUAAUUGAUGCAGGGUGUGACGUGAAUUUGGGUAGUCAGGACCAUGCUCCCAUAUUCUUGGCUGCAAGACUCGGCUUGUUAGCAAUAACACAGAUGCUGUGUGAAGCAGGUUGCAACAAAGAUUUUGCAAAUAAGUAUGGUGUAACUCCAAUUGCAGAAGCUGUGCAGAAAGAUCAUAUUGACAUUGUGGAAUAUUUGAUUCAGCAUGGAUGUGAUGUGAACAAGACAGAUAUCAACAAUGUCAGUGCCUUACACAUUGCUUGUCAGAAAGGAAACUAUGAUGCUGUCCGACUCCUGUUGAAUGGUCGAGCAAAUCCAAUACUAAAGAACUCCAGUGGUCAGACAGCCUUCCAGUUAGCUAUAGAAAACAACAGAUAUGAAGUGGUGGAAUACCUAAUGAAUCUGGGGGCUGAUAUCUUGUCUCAACCUUUUGCUAAUAAAAGCUUGGGCAGCAUAGCUAAAGUGUUUGACCGUGGUCAUGUCCAGACAGCUGAGGUCUUACUGAGAGGGUGUCCCAAAUUACCCCUCCCCCACUACCCAGGGGUCACCGACAUGUUCUGCAACAACAUGGAGCUGAUGAAGAUGUUAUUUCUGUCUGGCAUCCAGACGAUUCCCGGUGUUCUUAUUGUCCCCCGACUUCAUCCCCAGCAUGUCAACCAGAAGGAGAUCUCUGAUUGGCUGGAGAACUUUCACAAAAACCCGCUCUCUCUACAGUCGCUGUGUCGCAUUCGAGUACGAAGGUGCCUUGGAAACACACUGUUUCUGAAAGUUCAGUCUCUGCCCAUUCCGCCCUAUCUUAAAGAAUUCAUAGCAUUAAAGCGCCUGUGAUAAAUAAUACAAGCAUGGUAUGCAAUGUGAUCAAUGCAAGUAUUGUUAGUGGUCAAAGACAGAAUUUUUAUUUUGUUGGUAUGUAUACCGUACUUUAUUCUUUAUUUUUGAAACGAGUCGUUUUACAAGUCUACCGGUAAAUACCAGUAGUAAGUAGGAUUGGAUAUAAUAUCAGCAGAGAUAUUUUUAUUAAUAAUAGAGUGUAAUUAUUUGAACAUGAACUUUAUUGGUAUAAUGUGUACGUUACUUGUAUGUACUGUAACAAGUAACCUGUAUGUACUGUAACAACAAAGUUACCUGUAUGUACUGUAACAACAAAGUUACCUGUAUGUACUGUAACAACAAAGUUACCUGUAUGUACUGUAACAGUUAAGUUACCUGUAUGUACUGUAACUACAAGGAUUCUGUAUUCUGUUUUCGCUAUCACCACUUUCUAGUCACUAUUAGAGAGGAAACACAUUUCUUACUGUGUGGAAUUUUAUUUGCAACAUGCAAAGAGUGUGAUUAAUCAUUAAAGGAUUUCUUUUCUACAUUCCACAUUCAGACAUUUGUUGUCAGUGUUAUUGUGUUAAAAUGAUAAAAAAGUAUAUUCUACUGUUUAUGUACCGUUUUUUUCUCAAAUGCAAUAGAAUAACUUAAUUAAUAUUUGCCAGUACAAAGUUGUAUAUAUUUCUUUUUAUUAAAUAUUGUUAAAGUGAAAUUUUACGUAUCAAUGAUUUGUUUAAGUUCCUUUAAAUUGUUAUUGUCUCUUUUAAACCACAACAUGUAGAUCUACAUGUACAUGUAUUUCUGGUAAUCUUGUCUUUCUAGUCAUACUUGUUUGUUAAAACUUUUUAUCUCUUUGUGUGAUUAAACAUUUGACCCAACCUUAUAAUUUGUUAGGGCAGAGUAAUUUAACAUGUUUAUGUUUCGACCAAUCCAGACCAAUACAUUGUAAUCAUGUUUUUACGAUAUGCUUUGUUUUCCAUACAUUUUCUGUUGCUUAUAUUUUGUAUUUGAUUGCAGUGUCACAAAAGUACAUGAUAAUGAACAUUUUAGUCAAGGAUUGUUGUGCAUAAAAAAUAAAGACUAAUCCCAAAUUAA